AUGAAAAUUAAACCAUAUACCAUUGUUAUUGAUCCAGAAAUCACGGAAAUUGAUGCUGAGAACUGGUAUGAAUCAGGUAUGCUUGAGAUCGAGCCAGAUAUUGUGCCACUGUUAAGUAAUCCUCAGCAUCCAAUCUUUAAUUACCAAUGGAAUGCUCAGAAUUGGAUUCAGCAAUUUCGAAAAUUAGACUUAGGAGAACAACGUCCAAAAGGUUAUGAUCGUAAUCGACAUUUAUUACGAGUAACUGUUAUGUUAAACACGAUAGGUGUUCUUCGAAAGCAGCGUUACAAGGUCAAUAAUGAAGAAAUUGUAUUAAAACAAGAACGCAUGCAGACAAUUAUUUAUGAUCACAAAUCAAAACUAUCGUCUGGAACCGAAAUUUCAGUUAAGAAUUUAAAGCCACCAUAUGCAUCGACAUUUGUCAAAGUAGUUAACGAAGAUUGUCUUAUUAUUUAUGAGAAAUUAGUUUCAGAAGGACGUCGACCUUUAUUACUAAAUAUGGCUAAUAAAACUAAUCCUGGCGGAGGUUAUCGAAAAGGUGAUGGAGCACAAGAAGAAAAUCUUUUUCGUCGUUCAAAUUACUAUCAAAGUCUUGAUAUAGAAAUAGCCGAUAAUGAUCGAUCAGAGCGAUUACAUUGUAAUGAUAAAUGUGAGCUCACAAAAAUAUCAAAACUUGAUAGUUUCUAUCCGAUGGAUGAAUUCGGAGCGAUUUACACGACUGGUAUUACAGUGUUUCGACAAACGGAAUCCAGUGGUUAUGCGUUCAUGAAAACUCCAUUAUACAAUGUUUGUGCUAUUGCAAUGGCUGCUCAUCGAGAGCCUAAGUUAAAAAAUAAUAGAACAUUAGAAAAUAAAUUUGCGGCUACCACACAAAAAAAAAUUGAAAAUAUUUUUGCUAUUGCACAUCAUCACAAACAUGAUUGUCUUGUUUUAUCAGCUUUUGGCUGUGGUGCUUUUAAGAACCCGCCUGGUCAUAUAGCUUCUAUUUUUAAAUCUGUUAUCUAUCAAUAUGCAGGAUUUUUCAACACUAUUUAUUUCGCUAUUGUUGAUGAUCAUAAUACAGGUAAUAAAAUUAAUCCACAAGGCAAUUUAAUUCCAUUUCAGGAAAUACUCGAUGGUUUGGUUGUAUCAUCACCAACAAAUUUAUGUAUUAACGCUGCUAUUGGACCAAAUCGGAUUCUUGACAAAUUAAACGAUGAACAAUUAACGUUAAGUGAUGUUUGCAUUUUAGCUCUUCCACCUUGUCAUCAUGGUGCCAAAUGUCGCGAUUGCCAAAGUCCUGACCAUAAAAGUCGGUUUUCACAUCCACCAAUGUGUCCACUCUCCAAGGCAACUUCAUCUUGUGAACAAUUGAAUGAUGAUAUUCAUGCAUAUACACUUACACAUAAUACCAAAUGCAAGUAUGGUGGCCAAUGUAAUGAUAAUAGUCCAUUACAUCUUUUACAAUUUGAUCAUCCAGAGUUUUGUGAGCACGGUGGUGAUUGUACAAAUAUGACUAAGAAACACUUACUAGCUUAUCGGCAUAUAUCUAUUUGUCCAGAUGGUCUUAAGUGUCAAAAAUAUCGGCGAAGAGAUUAUGAUCAUUCGAAAGCAUUUCGUCAUUGUAAACCUGUUUGUUCUGAUGAUAACUGUUGUAUUAAUUUGCAUAAUAAGGAACAUUUGGCUAAUUUCAUACAUUCAUUUCGACCACCAUGUCCAUUCACACCGUACAAUUGUUUAAAAUAUAUUGAAUUCGUUCAAACAAGCGAUUCAAAAGGCAUUUCUGAAGAAGUAGAAAGUCAUUGCUUUGACUAUUCACACAUUUGUCCUUAUGGUCGUUACUGCAAAAAUACGGAAGAAAUUCAUUUCGAAAUAUCAAUUCAUAUUGCUCGUCAACUUUGUCCCGAUGAUAAUAAAUGCUCGAAACUUACACAUGAAGAUCAUUUAGAAUCAUAUUCUCAUCCUGAUAUACGAGAUAUUCGUCUGUUAUGCAAGAUACCAGGUUACCAAUGUUCAAAUAGAUUUGACGAUUUGCAUUUCAAAAAAUAUCGACAUAAUGAAAAUCAUGACCAUUUUAGUGUUGCUCCAUCUAGUAAUCUGAACUCAUUGAUCAAUUUUGCUCGUAAUCAAAGUCAAUUAAUUAAAACUGUGAAUACUUACAUUGACAGAAUGAAUUGGGAGAAAGCAAAGAUUUCCCAAGAAAUACUCAACUGGAUACGUGCAUUACAACCUGUACAUCGUUGCCGAAAAGAGAUUUUUGAAUCGAUUCUUGUUCUCGGACAUGUUAUGAGUCGUCGUUAUAUGAGCUUAUUAAAUAAACCUGAAAAUGUAGUUAGAGCAGUGCAACAACAUAGUCAAGUGCGUUCAAUAUUUCUUCGAUAUAAUACUCCAGUAGUAAAAGAAAACAUGAGUAAAUUGAUCGAAAUUUUGAUCGAUAUUGAAUUUGCAAAGGCAAAAUCAAAAGGAAAAUUUACAUCAGAUUCUGAUUAUGAUCAAAGAAUCCAUACGAUGGAGCAAAGAUUGCAACCACCUCUUAGUAAUAGAAAUAUUCAAGUGAUUCAUGAAUGGACAACAAAAAUUGCGCAAGCAUCAAUUAAGUUAAGUAAUAUUCCAAUGGGAAUCGGGUACGAGGUCGAUCCAAAACUAGGAACAGAUCAACAUGUGUUUAGUAUACUAGGACCGCAUCUUGGUUUUUAUUAUGGCGAUAUUGUUAUUACAUUCAAACAGGAAAUCAUGUUUCAUCCUGAUGCUAAUUUUACCAUUCAGGCCGGAACUAGUUUUUUUAAAGGACAAAUUUAUAAGCAUCGGCCAUGGCUGAAAGAUUCGAAAAUCGAGCAAAAACGUAUUGACCACUUUCAUAAUUCAAAACUACAUUGUUCUGUUCAUCGUUACGAAUAUGCAACAGCUACAGAAUUAGUUGCUUCAGCAGGGCUGGAUCAUCAAUCAAUGAAUGUCAAUAUUGAAGCUAUACUUCAAAAGUGGAUAAGUGUUGAUUCCCAUCAAACAUUAGAAGCUCAUUUACCGCAACUCAUUCCAUUAGAUUAUAUCGAUCGUGUCUAUAUACCAAAAGAUGUAUUUGAAUCCAUGACACAUGAAGCUCAAGAAUCAGCUAAAGAAGCUUUUAAAGAUUCACUUAGAAUAAGCAUAUAUGAAAGUGACGAAAACAAGACAGGUGAUACUCUAAAAGAGAUUCUUGAGUAUCCUUAUUCAAAAUACGCGUUUCAAGAGCUCAAUGAAGCAAUCAAACAUCGAAUGAGCACGCCUCAUAUCUCACGAGGCAUAGUUAUUACAGUAGCUGCAUCCGAUUUCGGAGAACAUAUUAUUUUACCAAUCACUAUUUCUCAAGCACACUAUUUAUAUCAUCUAGACAAACCUCAAUCAGAAGAUGGUCAUGAAUUUACAUACAUCUAUUGGCAAGCAAUGAAUGGUGAUAUGAUGUUAACAACUGCCAAUGAAAAAAUUGAGCCAGGUGCAGAACAAUUCAAUCUACGAUGUCUUAUAUGUUAUAUUGCGCAGACGCCAUCGACGACGACUGGAGAAUAUCAUGAAGUAUUUUCAUAUUUAAACGAUGGUGUACCCUAUCAACAUGGUAACAAUGUUAAUGCAGCUCGGUUUAAAGCUAAAUCGAACACAUUCUAUCGUGGUUGUAAUACCGAUGAUUACUUAACUUUUUGUCUAAAAAUCGGUCAUAGAACAGGUCAAGUAACACUUACUCAUGCGGGACCAAAUAGUAUUUAUAAUCGUGAGAAGAUUGAAUGUCAAUUUAAGAAAGCUGAUUUGGAUCUGUCGAAAUUAGAUUAUAUUCAUCUUAGCGCUGGAACUGAAGAUGUUCCUGUACGAAAUUUAACAAUUAAUUUUGAACAGAUACCACAACUACAUCCACCAGUCGACGUUCAAUUCAAAAAUGAUACAUCUAAUCUAAUAGAAAGAUGUCUACUUACAUCUUCUUAUGCCAACCCUAGUGCUCCUACUAUUAAUCAAUCAAAAAAGCAGCGGCCAUCGGCAAUCAAUCCACUGCCAUUUGUAGAUACCUCAUUUGGGUUCAAACGAAUGGGAGACAUACUUUUAUGCCGUCGUACGAAUGUAGUUGAACCAAAGGCAUUAGAUGAUGCUUCUCCGGUAUUAAAACCCUGUCAACAUUCCGUAUAUUGUUUACUACAAAACUCAUCAAAGCAUGCUAAACUAUAUUCCCAUCCUUGUCCUUUUUCUGAAUUAUGUACGAGAAAAACCAAAGAGCCUUAUCGCACGCAUGAACGUCAUAAUGUUCUUAAAUGUGCAAAAGAUAAAUAUUGUUUAGAAAAAGGUGAUCCUGUUCAUCGUGCAAGAUAUCGUCACACAAACUUACCUGAUUAUCUUCUUCCAUGUCGUAAACAGAAUAAUUGCUCCGACAAAUCACCAAAACAUCGAAUGAAAUAUUUUCAUGGUGAAACCUUGCCUUUAAUUACACGUAAAUCAUCUUUGAUUAAUUAUAUAAUAAUUGAUUGA